AAGGAAUCUCACCUCACCUCCGCAAGAAGCAUUGAGAACGUUCAUCUAAAUCUCUACGAUAUAUUUGAUAGACUGGCAUAUCUGGAUUUUAGCAAUGUCCGCACUGUUUAACUUUCAGUCGCUCCUCCUCGUGAUACUGCUCCUGAUUUGUACGAGCACGUACACACACUAUGUCUUCCCCAGUAUCAUGGAUCGAAACCGCGACGGGGUGCUGGGAAUUUUCUGGAAGUGUGCAAGGAUAGGUGAACGGCUGAGUCCGUAUGUCAGCAUAUGCUGUGUUCUUAUGGCUGUCUCCCUCUUCAUGGGCUCAUAAGGGGAUUUUCCAAAAGUUCGGCAUUUGUACAGUCACAUUUCAGCGGCAUCGUUGUCACCAUGUGUUUUUAGGCGUUGAGGUGUUCGACUAUUACGAAGAAAGAAUUACUGCAUAAG